CAAUCAAAGGCUGAGCCCUGCACAAUGAGACCAGUGAGGGUGACAUGAAGAGAGACUGAGAAGAAGCAGCUUUUGUUUCAGGCCGUGACGGAGAAAAUGUUUCCGUGGUGCUGCUGGUGGAUGUACUACCACUGUUGAACCUGAGAGUAUGUGACUGUUACGCUGCUGACAUGAAAGCUGGUAAGCAGAUCACGGAGAUAGACUUGUUAGCAAGACUGCAUGUCUGAAUGUGUAUGUUGAAGAGGAGCAACAUGGUAAAAGAAAAGUUUGAACAGUUUCUUUGCCUUUUUAUCCGUCGCCAUUGAGCAAACCUCUAAGCUCCGGUGUAAUGUUAUAGGCCAUGCGCGUUGGCAUUUUUCUGAAGAUUAAACAGAGGAUCGAGGAGCUGUAUGGACAUUAGUGGCUGAUCUUGCUGGAAGUGCUUGGUAUUUUCAUCAUGCGAUUGCACGUGCUGCCCGGUGCUGGAUAAGGUGAUGCUGUUUGAAUGUUACUUGUCGCAGCAUGGGAUGCUGUUUGAGCAGAAUAAGAUGCAUUCUUUUCAGAUCCAGCUGAGGACAUAUAAAGGUCACUGACAAGUCUAAUUGUGAACACCCAAAAACCUGUGCUAUUGUCAAGCAUUUUUAUUUACAUUUAUUCAAAGUUGAAGUUUCACACCUCUUGACUGAGCGUUAUUUAUCGUCACACCCUCCAGACAUAGACUGGCUGAUAUUUGAGGUAGUUUUUGCUUCACUUCACUCCGAGCAGUGCAAUGAUGGCAGGGGCAGGUGGAGGAGCCUCCAAGGGUCCAAAGUUGAGCACACUCCCUCCUGCCAGUGGAGAUUGGCGGCUGAUGGACAGGAGCCUCAGGAAACUGGACAAACUCCAUGACUUGUGCACAAACCCCCAGCUGGGCCUGAGGAACAGUCCACCAUACCUGCCAGAUCUGGUGCGCCAAACAGCAACGCUGAUGGAGCAGGUCCGGGAGCCGUACCAAGGCUCCAGGGCAGCAGCAGGGCCGCUGCCCCGGGGGCCCGAGGCCAGAUACCUGAGGGUCCACCUCAGAAACCUGCUGGAUAAGACGGAACGAGCUCUUCUGCUGUUUAAACAUGGACGGGAGAAGAUAUUUGACGAGACAUCCAGCUACAGGAAGAACCUCACCAAACUGUCCUUGCUGUUCAGUCACAUGCUCUGGGAGCUGAAGGCCAUGUUUCCAGGGGGAUACUUUCAGGGUGAUACUUACAAGGUGACUAAGACCGAGGCAGAUGAGUUUUGGAGGCGCUCUUUUGGCAACAAGUGUAUAGUGGAGUGGAAUAACUUCAAAGAGAAGCUGAGAAGUGUGCACCCGUUCGAGGAAGGGAUGGAGUCCAUGGCUCUGAAAUCAACCAUUGAUCUCGUGUGUAACGAUCACAUCUCGGUGUUUGAGUUUGACAUCUUCACGAGUCUGUUUCAACCCUGGCGGUCUCUUAUGAGGAACUGGAACCAGCUCGCAGUGACCCAUCCAGGCUACAUGGCCUUCCUCACCUACGAUCAGGUUAUACAUCGGCUGGAGAACUAUCUGCGCAGACCCGGCAGCUACAUCUUUCGUCCAAGCUGCACAAGAAUGGGUCAGUGGGCUAUAGGUCAUGUGACUGCUGAGGGUGACGUCGUGCAGACCAUCCCCCAGAACAUGGUCCUCUACCAGGCUCUCAUUCAGGGCUUCAAGGAAGGCUGCUACUUGUAUCCAGAUGGUCAUGAUGUGAACCCUGACCUGACAAGCUUGUGUGAACCCACGCAGAAGGACAAAGUUACGGUUACAGAGGAGCAGUAUGAGCUUUACUGUGAGAUGGGCAGCACGUUCCAGCUGUGUAAAAUCUGCGCGGAGAGGGAUAAAGACACUCGGAUCAAACCCUGUGGGCAUCUGCUGUGCCGGCCCUGCCUCACAGGCUGGCAGAAGUCGGCUGGCCACACCUGCCCAUACUGUCGCUGCAACAUCAGAGGAACAGAGUCCGUCCUGGUGGAGCCGUACCUGCAGGACAGCAGUCGGUGGGAGGAGGAGGGAGACGAAGAGGGCGAGGAAGAGGACCAUGAGGACAUUCAACUGCUGAAAAAAGAAAUGGCUGCCCUGAAGUUCUCAAGUUUGGGGCACCAAGUUGCCGGCCCUCACGCUAGCGCUCCACCACUGCCCCCUAAAGACAACUCACCCUCGCAGUACCAAUCUCCCACCAGCCAAUCUCAGAUGUCUGAAACUGUGAAGCUGAGAAAACACCUCCACUCACGUUCAGCUCCGAAUGGCAAAGAAAAAUACAGACGUAAACAAAAGGCCAACAGCACUGCAGAAGAAAAUUUCAUGGGUCUGAGAUCAAACUCCCUUACUUACAGUGCUGAAUUCCUCGGAGGAGAAGAAAUUCCUUCCUCUGCUCUGCUUACUCUUGACAGUGGAAUUGCAUGGAUGGGACCUCCCAGCCCAGCCAGAGAAAGAAGACAUAUGGAAAAGGAGGAACAGCGAGCAAUGCUCCGAAAAAACAAAACUGGCCUGGGAGAGAUAGCGAGAACAAUGUCAUCCUGAGCGGCAGCAAGUAUCUGGAAUUCGGAAACAGGCUGCGACUGGGAACUUGAAAUUAGCCUUCGUUUCAUGUGAUACUGGUUUUUGGUUCCCCGUUUGACUGUAAAACGUUUCAUUUGUGCUGUGUUGAAGAAAACCCGAGGGCUGAGAGAAAACAUUCCCACUGCGAGCUCCGACUUUUUAAUAAUAAGAUGACCAUUAGCGUGGUGAAUUCAGCACUAGUUUCCAUAUAUAGUUUUGUGAACCAUCUUCCUUAUAAUUAAAUCAUUUACCAAGUACCCCUAAGAGAUAAGAAAUUAAAGAGGCUAAUCACACACCUAAAGUAGAAUAAAUACUGAAAAAUGCUGAAAAAUGUAAGCACACCCAUAUUUAUGUACAUACAGUACGUGUCUUCACGUUAAAUGAGGCAGCUUUUUUUCAUUAUAGACUUAUAAAUAGGGAUAGACAAAUAAAAAUGAAU